AUGCCCAACGUCGACACGUCCCUUCCGCCUGAGACAACUGGGGCGGCGGCGGAACUGGCCGCACGCCACGCCGCCAACCACCCGCUCAAGCUGUACGGCGGUUGGUUUUGCCCGUUCGUGCAGCGCUCCUGGAUCGUUCUGGUGGAGAAGCGCAUCCCGCACCAGUAUGUCGAGAUCAAUCCGUACAACAAGGAGGCCAGCUUUCUUGCCAUGAACCCGCGCGGCCUGGUCCCCACGCUGGCGGUGCCCGUCGAUGCAAGUGGCCAGAAGCAGAAGCCGCUGUUCGAGAGCAGCAUCAUCUCCGAGUAUCUCGACGAGGCUUAUGCGGAUGAGGGGAAGCAUGGGCCCUCUUUGCUUCCCAAGGAGCCGUACGAGAAGGCACGGGCGCGACUGUGGAUCGACCACAUCAGCACGCGCAUCAUCCCGGCGUUCUACAAGCUUCUGCAGCACACGCCCGAGAAGCCGUAUAGCAUUGAGCUGGCUCGCGAUGAGCUGCAUGGCCAUAUCCGGGCCUUCACCGAGCAGAUGGACCCGACCGGGCCAUGGUUCCUGGGCGACCAAAUUAGUCUCGUGGACAUAAGCCUCGCGCCAUGGGCGAAGCGCCUGUGGCUCAUCGACCAUUACAAACCCGGAGGAUUGGGCAUCCCGAAGGACGGAGAUAGCGUCUGGGGCCGCUGGAAGACGUGGAUGGAUGCCGUCGAGAAUCGUGAGAGCGUCAAGGCGACCUGGAGUGCCGACGAGCGUUAUCUUGCCGCGUACAAGAGGUAUGCCGAUGACACCACGAACUCGCUUGUCGGACAGGCCACGCGGCAGGGCAACCGACUUCCAUAG